AGCCGCCUCAGCGCCCGUCUUGUCUCCCGCUCUCGGCUACCAUGGGCCACGUGAGGAGCAGAAGGGAUGCAGUUGGGCAGAGCCAAAGUGCGCGAGUUGCUGCUGCUGCCGCUGCCCACUGCAGUAUUGAUGACCCAAUGAUCCCCUGCAGAACUCCGCCAGCCGGGCAGACAGAGUGAGGUGAGCCUCGGAAUCCGAAUCAGCCGGCGAGCCGACGGCGCCGACCGCUCGAGUGGGACGCGAAUGGUCUUUGAAUCUUCCAUAGAGGACAAGAGAGUCGAGGCCCAACCGAGUAUGUCCACUGGAUGAGCGAUCUCUCGGCAUAUUUACGCACCGGACAAACUGGCCGUCUUGUGUGCGGCGCCGCUGAGAAAAAAGACUGCAUCGUCCAAGGGCCUGAGCUCUGGGCCGCAGGGCUCCUGGCUCAUGAUGUCCUGCCGCCAGUGACUGGCCAGCCCUCCUCUGCAGCCCCAGCGCUGGCCAACGGCGUCCACCCGCAGCGCAGGGGCGGGCACCGCACCUACCCACCCAAUCGGGCGGUGACCGGCGCGGAGCCACCGGCAAGGAUGCAAACGCAUAUGGACACACAGAUGCUUUCUCAUGCUAGCUCGGACUCUUGCGGCUCUCGGGAGGCCCAACAGUCCAGAAGUCGGAGCACGACAUCACCUCAGCCUUUGAUUUUAGCGCUUGGCAAUCAUCCGACCUCUGCCAAUCAGUCGGCGGGGCGGACCCUCGCUUCAGAAAUGAACACACCCGCAAACGUUUGUCCCGGCACUGGCUCGUCGCCUCUCGUCGUGGAGGCCGAGAGGAAGUAUGCGCUGCGCAGCUCCGGACGGUCCCGUUUCCCGUGUAAUGUGCGCAAAUCCUCCCGCCUCCGCCGAAUCCCGGAGGACCCCGAAAGGAGAGCGGAGAAGGAGAGAGAAGAUGAGGAGGCGCUAGACGCUUCUGAGGAGAAGUUCUGGAGGCUUAAAGAGGAGCAGGUGGAGGAAGCAGUCACAACAAAGGAGCAGCUGACCACAGAGGCCGUCACCCCCGCGGCAUCCUCCCCUGUAGCUGCUCCUCUUGCGCUAACCGUCCCCAAAGCCGUCCCCAAAGCCGUCCCCAAAGCGCCCCCAAAACCCGGGCCCAGACUCGGGCACAGACCUGGACCUAAAUCUCGCUCGAGGCCCGCUCCCAAGUCAGUUCAGAAACCGGGUCCUAAAAGUGUCAUGAGACGCCGUCUGGCAGCACAAGCCGCCUUGCGGUGCGGUGCCACGCAUCUGCCGCCGCCCGUUGUGCCGGCACCAAUCGUGAAAAAGGAGCUGGAGAUUUUCUCUCCCACUGGCCGGAGGUGUGGACGUUUUGUUGGAGUGAGGAAGAUCGUGGUCAAGGUGGCUCGUAUUCCCUUCAGCCUUGGACGGCGACAGAAAAGCUACAAGAUCUCCAGUGUGGAGACCAUCACGGCACCAGAGAAGGGUCAUAUUGGCACCGCGGCGGGCCCGGAGGUGGUUCGGGAGCCCACGGCGCUCCUCCGCAUAAAGAACAACGGCAAGAGCGUCAUGGUCAUGUUCCCGCCCGGAGAGCUGCCGCUUAUCGUUAAACGCAGGCGAGGUCGACCGCCCAAACAACCGGCGCUCAUGAUACCGGGGGAGAGCCCUGCUCCCUGUGGCGACGGAGAGCAGGUCAAGAAGCCCCGUAGGAGGCGGCGGACUAAACUCCCCUGCCCCUAUCCGUCCUAUGUCGGGGACACGGAUGACGUGAAGACCGAGUAUGGGGAUGUCCUAUCCAAACUGGCCUUUUUGAAUCGCCAGCCGCCCGCCACCGGCCAAUGCUCCCCCCCUCACUGCUGGGCACCCGGCGAGCCGGAAAGUUUCCAUACCCCCUCGGAAAACCCGGCAAUCUCCACCCUGCUGCACCGGCUCACCGGGUCCAGGCGGCCACGGGGCAGCAGAGGAGGGGGCGCUGGGAGGGGUGCGGCUGGCGGCAGCGAGCACAACAAGAGCACCUUCUCUGAAUUCUUUGAGUCCAUCGGCAAGAAGCGCAAACCGGGCCCCCUCUCAGAGGACGGAUUACCCAGAAAACGGGGGAAGGGUGUCGGCAGAGGAGGGGGUGUGGUCGGAACCGAGCCCGGGGCUGAGAAAACGGUCAGAAAGAGACGCGUGAGGAAAAAUGGCACAUUGAAAGGGGAAGGAGACUUCGUGGGACAGGAAUGGCCCAACGGUUCCGGGGGCUGGGGUGACGAGGGCGCCGACAAACGCUACUGCGGAUCCACAAGGGGGGGCUUUUCCUCCUGCGAGGUCGGCAGGAGAGGCGCCUACGGCCGCGGAAGCAGAGGCGCCCGGCAAACCGGGGACGAUUCGCAAAGUUUGUUUGCGGGAUAUUUUCGAUCUUUGCUGGACUCUGAUGACUCGUCCGAACUUCUGGACAUCUCGCAACCAAACGCACGCAAAGCUUCAUCCGCUCACGGUUACGAAGCAUCCGGCCCGCCAACCCCUCAGCGGUGGUCCAUAUCAAAGUGGGGGGCCAACGGGGCAAGUUCUGCGGCAGAGGGUUCCAUGCAGGCGCACUGUGCCUCUGCCGGGCCUCCUUACAACUACACUAGCCAGACUCAAACGUCCCCCACCCCUUCCAACUAUCCAAAAUCCAAUCCGCCGUCCCUCUCGCAGUCCCCCGGUUCCCCCCACCCUUCGGGCUACGGCCACUACUCUCCCGCCUAUGCCGCCUCCUCUUGCGCAGGGCCCCAGAGACCCUCAGACUGCAGUUUCUCUUGCAAGACCGGAGUUCACGAGCGUGGCCAGCCGGGCUACUACCAGGCGGGGGCCAGGAAGGGCUUCGGUGGAAGUCCCGCCACAGGGCCCACGUCGCCAGGUGCCGGCUACAUGGCGGUGGCCAAAGGCAGCCCCUUUAGCUCCUCGUCUUCACCAGAGUGUUACAAACAGUACAACAGCAACCAGUGGAGCUUCAGACAAGGUUAUGGCGGAUGGUCGGCAGACAAUUUUGGGCCUCACGCUUACGGCGACUACGGCUCCAAUGAAUCAAAGGACAUCUUGGACAUCUCCAACUACACCCCGCAGAAGGCCAAGAGACCCCCUUUCCCCGAGAGUCUAUCGGAGUCCUCCUCCGACUCCUCGCAUCCCGGCUCAGGAGGGGCCGGAUGCGGACCUCCUCCCUCCAUGGGGCCAGUCUUCAGGCAGAGUGAAACGGCCAGCGGGGAAGGGACUCAGUCCAGCCUGUCCAGCCUGGAAAAACUGAUGAUCGACUGGCACGAGAGCGCUUCGACGCCGUCCUACAACUGGAGCCAGAGCGUCCUCUUCCAGGGCGCCGGGACCAGCAAACCCGGCCGGGGGCGCAGGAAACGCUCUGAACAGUCGGAAAAAGAAGGCGGUUCCGUUUUACACUCGGAUUCCCCAUCCAGUCCUUCGCCGACGCUUAGUCCCAAGCGGGGCGGGGGACGUGGCCGAGGGUCUCGAGGAGGCAGAGGGGGGAUGUCGGCGUGCUCAAGAGAGCGCCUUUCGGGAUCCAAAGGCAGAGGGAAAGCUGCUGCAGCUUCUUCGGCUCUGGAGUCUUCUGGUUUAUUCCAGGAGGGUUUGGACUAUUACAGCGGGGACAGUAGCAGCCUUUCUCCCUUGGCUACUCCCAAUUCGGCACCCGCUUCCAGUUACCUCCAGGAUCCCUGCGAGUACCCCUCCCCCUAUUCCGCCCACCCCUCAACACCAUCCUCUGAGGAGCCAUAUCCAGCCUUGUACCCCGGCGAGUCCUCGUCCUCCCUUUCACCCGGUGUUUCCUCCCCCCCUCCCCCUUACCCUUCCAAACCGCAAUCCUACCACCUCGCCCCCUGCAGAAACUUCUCGCCAUCCUGCUCCCCUUUACCGCGGGUCCCACCCCACUGCAGCUCGGCAAUGAGCCCCUCAUACCGGCCCCCUCCCAAAGAAGUGCCGUUCUCUCAGUACGACUCCCCCAGUUACUGCGGCUCCCCCUACUGGUACGGACAAACGUCACACAGCGGCACCCCCAGCCCCAGUACGCACCCGCACACCAGCCCGCACGCCAACACUCACGGGACCCUGCUGGCGAGCCCCAACGCACACAUGAACCCGCCGCCGCCUCACGACCCGCAGCAUCACCUGAGCUCCCACGCCAAAGCCUACGCCGCCCAGGCGCACGCCAACAAUCAGCCCCAUCACCCAGCGCAGGCCGCCGCCCACUCGGCGCCCUCGCUCUACGAUGAGUGUGGCGCCGCGGUCGCCCACAAGCAGGAGCUGAUGGCGCGUCAGGGCCUCCUCACGCCGUUUGCCAAGAGCACCCUAGAGGACGACCCCGGCGCUUACUCACUGUCCCAGCUUUCCUGCCAAGCCAUGGGGCACCGCUACCCGUCGCAGCAGGGAGGCGGCGUGCUGUGCCAGCUUCUGGACCAGGGCCACGAUGAUGGCUUUAGCGUGACCAGCCUGUAACGGGAGGUGCGUUCAAUCUGCUCCUUUUGAAGCAUUCGUUUUCUUUCCCUCGCUUUUGUACGCUUGACUUCUUUGUGGAAGGCUGAAAGGGUGAACAUUUUUAGCUGCCAGCUUUUUUGGGGACAGCAGAGCUUUAAUUCUCCGGCAUUGACAAUCAAGAUCAACCUACGAACACACACAGAGACAGACGCAUGUGCACAAAAGAAUCAUGCAAGUUGGACUCCAAACAGUUCCACUUUUUUUUCUCCCCCCCCUCCAAACCGUCGUUUUCUUUCUCUCUGCCGCCCCCUUGUCCUUCCUCGCCGUCCCCGCCUCUUGCCGCUGUGCACGCUUUGAACACGCCCGACGUCCCCUCCUCGCGUGGACCACUCCCCCGCUUUUCUUCAAACACCAGCAUCUGUACAUAAUCUCUUACAUGCUCUGUCUUUUGCUGUUUUCACUCCACUCAAAGGACCCCAAAGACUGUGUGUGUGUGCGCGCGCGUGUGUGUGUGCGUGUGCACGUUUGCGUGACUGCAGUCAUGCAUGCGUGCGUGUGCCUAUGGGGUCCUACCGAGUGGGCUUCUUUCACUCUCUUCUGUUCCGUGGUCUCGUUGUUGUUGUUUAGUGGGUUUUUUGUGGCGCGACCCCCCCCCCCCCCCCAAAAAAAAAACAGUUGUAUAUCUGUUCGUUACAAAUGUAUGUAUGUAUGUAUGUACCCGAGGUGCAAAAAUAUUUAAAUACACAUUCUGUUCUUGCCAUUGGUAACAGCGUGUGCCUAGUGUCUAAUUCCCCCCCCCCCUCCCAAAAGGAUUAUGACGAGCUAGCAUGUUGGGUUUCAGUCCGGCUGUCUGGGAGCGAGUUCAGAUGAGGACAUCGUUUGGGAAGGGGAGGAGGAGGGAGGCGUGAUAGGAAGGGAUGACUGCGAGAACGUCGGGAGUUGUUUGGCAUUUGUUGCUCCGCUGGCUCGACAGACGGUAGUUGAUUGGCCGCUUGUUGUGUAUAAACUUUGUCAACAGGCUGACACAAACCAUUGCCUUUACUGUAACAUUCCCGCCGCAUCGCAAUAGGAGAGGUCUUCUAAAGACAAAUUGUCUUUUGAGCACCCUGCAAAGUGUUAAUAACCAUUUUCUGCUGUUGCUAGGUGAUCGCAUUCACGCCGCGCACGCCGAUCUUUAUUAUUUUCAAUCCAACCGGCUUCCAUGAUGAUAUUCAAACAGUGCAACUCAACAAAUUUGAAUUCAGCAUCAGGCCUUACUUCCACUUUUUAAUAUUCAUGCGUCUGUCUGUGGCUCCUGAGUUGCUUAGGAGCAAGCUAACGUAAAAAUACUUUCUAAUUAGCAGAACAUUGAAUUUAGAGCAUAUUUCUUUAUAAAACACGAGUCAAAAAAGUCAUCCCUUUAAUGAAGGCUCAACACCAAAACCUUGCAAAGGACUUGUUUUUAAUUGGAAACAAUGAGGUCAAAAGGUCGCAGGAUGGUGACACCCCAGCCGGAGGCUCUGCUCCAUCGAGCCGGAGAAGAGCGAUGAGCCCAACGCCGAUUCCCCUCAUGGAGGACAAGAGUGAGAUCUACUGGCUACCGCCAGGCCUUUGGAGCUGCAGCCUCGAGCCAAAGACACGCCGUCUUUCUCUGCAGAACUCCACCGUAUCGUCCUCCACCACAGGGUUCUCGCCAUGGGUCAAGACAAGGCGACCCGUCCACACGCCCACACGCCAAUUUUGCUGCCGUGUGCAAAGGAGUGGCUGUUUCCCCUUGCAUACACGCUGUGUGUUGCCUCUUCCUUCAGAUGUGCGCGAGAACGGGACUGUGCGUGCCCACCCCACCAAGCCAACGCAGUCCUCAGCUUCCACCCAGCAUGGACCACUCAGGACCGUGUCGUCUUUAGGCUGCGCUGUCCAGCGUUUUGAUUCCAGCGGCGCCGCUGCAUAUGUUGGUCGCCGCGGCAACGCUUUGGCCGGUCGCCACGUUAACACAGGCCUUGCCCCCCCCCCCAGUACAGGACGUACGGAGAAAACGCACGGCAGGCGCCGAGCCGGUGUGUCCCAGAACCGGUGUGUCGCAAACCCUGGCGGGCAUUGUGGCAGAGUUGGGGCACGGUACGCAUGCACACAAAGCUCUU